AUGGACAAAGGUUUGAGACGAAUUGUGGAGGGAAAUGUAGUGGUGGUUGUUGGUAGAAGAGGUUGUUGUAUGAGCUACGUUACUCAAAGAUUAUUGCAAGGGUUGAAGGCCAAUCCAACAAUGUGUGAAGUUAGUGAAGGGUUUGCAGUGAAGAUGAUAUUAAUGCAUAAGAUUGGAAAGAUUUUCCGUGGAGAUGAUAACACUUCGGUUGCAUUGUUGUUUCUAGUGGUGGUUAUUAGGGGGAAGCUAGUUCAGGUUUUGAUCAGCUUAUAG